AUGACGGCGCUCUCAGAAGCCCAACAUUUUCUCUCCCCCGUCCUCGACCGAACACAACUCCUAACACACCGUAACCUCCCCCUCCUCGACCGUCUCGCCCUCACACUUCCCCCCUCCCCGACUCCGUCCCCGACCCCGUCCCCGGCCCAAACUCUCGCCCACAAAGUACUAACCCACGCCCUCCGCCUCUUACAUACGAUAUCGACUACCCCUACCCCUACCGCUGCACCCGCCACUACCGCGCUAGAAAACGCAACAGACAACCGCACCCUCAACGCGCUCCUCGACCUGCUCGUGCUGGAGGGUAUAUACCCCUCCCUCUCACCCGGCAUCGGAAUCCCGCUCUCACGGCGCGCACGGAAUUUCGUUAUCCCUGCGAGCCGCGGGAGAAUCACGGAAGUUGAAGAUAGACGGGAUGUACAGCUGCUGGGAAGUGUUGUAGAGGGCUUACUAGAGGCGCUGGGGAGCGGGGGAGCGGCGGCGAGGUCCAUGAGGGAGAGGUGUCUGGUGGAUGUUUUGGCGGGGUGUGGGGAACUGGCUUUUGGCCCUGGGGAUGGUGGGGAAGGGGAGAGAGAGGUGUGGAGGGGAAGGUGGUGGGGUGUUGUGGAGAGUACCCAAACCCCCGCCCUCCUCCCUCCCCUCCUCUCACUCCUCCACCCGUCCACACCACCGCCGCUCCGCACAGCACUCACCAAGGCCCUCUCCAACCUCCCCAUGACACGCCCCCACGCCGUCCGCCAUAUUCUCGAGCUAUUCCUGACAAACCCGUCGCUCGACGCACUGGCCAACGCCUCACGACUCAUCGGCGCCGUCCCGGCGGCUGUCAUGGCGCAACAGUAUUUUGAGAAGGUGUGUCCGCAGCUGUUGGAGCUCCUGGAUGUCGCCGAUCGGACCCUGGCCGGCGCGGCGGCAUAUGUGUUGGCCGAGCUGCUGGGACGGAAGGGUGCUGUGGAGGCGGUGGUCGAGAAGGAGGUGGUCGCGAAGAUUGUGGCGGGCAUGGUGCCGGAGACGGAGACGGAGAAGGUUGCGGCAGCAGCUGCGGUGGCGGAGAAGUCGGGAAAUACUGCGUCCUCUGCGUUGCUGGCGUUCGAAGACACGCCUUCACCGGCAAAGCCCCGGUUCUCCUUAAUCGAGGAAAUUCCAGACGACACAUCUACCACCACCACCACUGAGGACACCAGCAACAAGGCACUUAUCCCCGAACACACCCUCUCCCAGACCCUCACCCGCCUCAGCACCCUCCUCACCGCCCACCCCACCCCUUCCGUCCCCCACCGCCUGCUAACCCCGCUCCUGCCAGCCCUCUGGGCACUCACCAUCUUCGCGCUCACCACCUCCCGCAGCACAUGGCACACCCGCGCCCUCUCCCUGCUGCACACACACAUCAAGACGUCGACCUCCCCCUCCGCCGUGCUCGCGGCGCUUCACGACCACAUCCUCACCGCCGGCGGCGCGACCUGGCGCUUCGGACCCGGCGCGGACGGCGGCGUCGAGGUGCGUGCUGGUGCUAGUGAGGUCCGCGUGGACGAGGUGGAGGUACGUGUUGGCGCGUUCGUGGAGGUGCUAUCACAGGCGCCUGAAGACGCCAUUGCAGAGUUCUUUCUGGGCGUGUUGCGGGCGUGGCUGGCGGAUGUGGGGGCGGCAGUUGAAGGGGUGGAGGCGGCGAUGGGGAUGGUGGCGCGGACGGCGGUGCUGCGGGAGGUGGUGGGGCGGUUUGGGGGGGCGCUGGCGAGGAGUCCGGGGCAGACGUUGCAGAUUGUGGGCGGCGUGUUGGGGGAGUAUCGGGCUUGGAAGGAGGCGAGUGUGGGGAAGGGGGCGGAGGAGGUGAAGCCGAGUUUGGAGGGGUUGGGGAGGAUUGUGGGGGAUAGACCGGUGCCGGUGAGGAGGGAGAGGGUGACGAGCGAGAGGCGGUUUGUGGGCGAGGAGGAGGACGAAGACUCGGACGAUGAAGACUUGGACGAGGAGUCGUCCCGGGCACAGACAAUGACCCUCGCGCUCUCACUCCUCAGCGUCCUUGUCUCCUCCCCCGACACGAAACUCACUCCCUCCGACGAGCGCCUCCUGCAGACACUCCACCCCGCACUAACCUUCCUCACCACCGCGCCCAACAUCCCCGAAGACAUCUCCGCCUUCGCACUCAACAUCCUCUCCCUCCUCACGCUGCACACGCCCCCCACAACCGCCCCCACAUCCCUCAGCCAGCAGCAGAAAGAAACAUACGCCCUGGCACUAUCCUACCUCCGCGACCCGCUCAUCCCCGUGCGUGCCCACGGCCUGCACCUCCUCCGCGAGCUCAUCCUCGCCGCCGCGCCAGUAGUGGACGUCCAAGCGGCCAUGGGCCUACUGGUCGGCAUGCUGAAGGACGCCGACAGCUACGUGUAUCUCAACGUCGUCAAGUGUCUCACGGCGCUGGCAGACCGGCACUCCCGCACCGUGACGCGGAUGCUGGUAGACGCCUAUGUAGACGCCGACGAGAAGCUCAGCCUCGACGAGCGGCUGCGCAUCGGCGAGGCACUGCUAAACACCGUGCAGCGCCUCGGCGGCGCGCUGGUGGGUGACGUUGCGGCGGCGCUGGCGGGCGGUAUGGUGGCCGUUGUGAGCCGGCGGAAGACUCGCGGCAAGAAAGACCAAGGCGACGCCGAAUUCGGCAGCGACGAGGAAGCCGACGAAGACGUAGAGGAUGUCGAUGAGGCUGCCAAAGAAAAGCGCAAGCAGGCCGCAGAGAUCAAAGCGGCUAUUGUCAAGGGCUGGGCCGGCACCGGCCGCACGGAGGACGUGCGCAUCCGCGCGUCGGCGCUUUCGAUUCUCGGGGUUGCCAUCGAGACGAAUGCGCCGGGCUUGGGCGCGCGGGUGCUGGAUGAGGCGCUGGAUAUUGCGUUGUUGGUGCUGACGUUGGAGGGGGGGGUUGAGAGUGGGAUUUUGAGGAGGGCGGCGGUGGUGUGUGUUGGCGGCGUGCUGAAGGCGCUGGUUGGGCAGGGGGAGGAGGGGGAAGGUGAAGGGGAGGUGUGGAGGGAGGAGGUGUGGAGGGUUGUGAGGGGGCGGGUGGGCGAGGUGCGGAGGGUGUUGGGGUAUGUGUGCGGCGCGGAUAACGAUGGGCUUGUGAGGGAGCAGGCGGGGGUUGUGGGCGGGAACUUGGAGGCGGUGGUGGAGAGGUGGGUGGUGGGCGCCGGGAGGGGUGGGGGGAGUGGUGGGGGGAUUGUGGAGGUGGGGGAGGGGGGGUUGGGGGGGUUGAGGGUUUUGUAG